UAUGCGACAUACACGGGCCAUCACUAGUCAGUAGAAAGACAAUACAAUAAAAAUACAAUUUGUUAUUGUUUAACUUCUACUGAAGUAUGUAUUUUGCUUGUCAACUGCUUGCUUGUGCAUGAGUAUACUUUAGAUGUGUUCACCCGGAGAUGGCAACUCUUCAAGAAAUGGUGCUCGCAGCCGCUUCUUUGCAUAGUAGUAAAGUAGCUGUCACAUUUGACCGGGGAACAGCAGAAGGAAGUCCUGUGUUGCUGUAUUACAGCGAACUUGUUGCUCUUGGAAAUGAAUUAACACUUCUUCUCCGGAAACAGUGUGUGCAGAAUACAAGUGCAAUUGCAUUAUACUGUCAGCCAGAUGUCAACCUGCCAACUUGCAUUCUGGGCAUCCUCCAGGUACCUGCUGCAUAUGUACCUCUGGAUCCAGACUCCCCGGGACUUCUGUCUGCCUAUGUCCUGGAGCGUUGUGCCGUGAGGUACUGCGUUCUACAGAGUGACAUGUUGCAGCAAUUCCAGAAAGUGUUUUCCAACCUCCUGUUCAUAGAGGUGAGGGCUGUGUGGCCCGAUCACAACCUAACUCUUGUACUAAUACAGCGCAGUUCACCUUUAGCCCUUGCCCAGGAUGGGGUAACAGCCCAGCAAGAUGAGCAAAGCGUUCAAUUAUUUGCACCUGCUGCAGUGGCAGAAAGUGCCCACCAGGGGGCACUGGCAUAUGUAUUACACACAUCUGGAACAACAGGGCUUCCCAAGACAGUGAGAGUACCACAUAAGUGUAUAGUGCCCAAUAUACAGCACCUCAGAUCUCUGUUUCAGAUGACCCCAGAUGAUGUGGUGUUCCUGGCCUCUCCCCUGACUUUCGACCCGUCAGUGGUGGAGAUAUUUCUGGCAUUGUCAUCAGGGGCACGUCUUCUCAUCGUCCCCACGGUGAUUAAGAAAAUGCCCAACCGGCUGGCUCAUGUGCUUUUUAAUAAACACAAUACUACCGUGUUACAGGUGACUCCCACCUUGCUCGGGCGUUUUGGCAGGCGCGUCCUGCAGGAACAGGUCCUCUCUGCCAGCUCCUCUCUGCGUGUGUUAGCCCUGGGGGGCGAGCCCUGUCCCUCCCCAGGCCUGCUCCGUAGCUGGAGGCAGCAGGGGAACUGCACUCAGAUCUACAACAUCUAUGGCAUCACUGAGGUGUCCUGCUGGGCCUGCUGCUACCAUUUCUCAGAGAGCCUUCUGCAUUCCACUGACCUGACCGAAGCCUCUGUGCCGCUUGGUUCUCCUCUGAUGGACACCACGGUGGGAGUCAGAGAUGAGGAGGGCCGCGUCGUUACGCAGGGGGAAGGACAGGUGUUCAUAGGUGGGAUGGACAGAGUGUGCCUUCUUGACGACGAGGUGACUGUCGCCCCAGGGACAAUGAGGAGUACCGGAGACUGGGUGCGUGUUAGAGACACGCAGCUCUACUACCUGGGGAGGCGGGAUCGACUGGUCAAACGCCACGGACAGCGGCUGCAUCUGGACACCUUACAGCAGGUUGUAAUGAGUCUACCCGGAGUGGAGGCCUGUGCCGUGGGUCUGUCUGAGGAGUCCCGGCUGGUUGCCUUUGUCGUGGCCUCCUCUACAUUAGGAGACCUAAUGGCAGCUCCUGACUCCUCCUCUGUAGAGGGCCAGCUGGGCAAUAGCACCUCAACUUCCACGGACCAGCCGAGAGUCCACUCCCCUGGCCAAAACGAGACCGUCCCAUUGGCUGCAGGCCUACAGAAGGCCGUCCUCCACAGGUUGUCUCAGAUUCUAUCCAGACACAGUGUUCCAGACGCGGUAGUUCUGGUCCCGUCUCUGCCACUAUCCCCACAUGGAAAAGUUUCUAUGGAGGAACUUAUGAAUAUCUACCAGAGACAGAGAGCGGGUUCCGAGUCCAAUGAUGCUCUGGGGGACAUGGAAACACUGAGGGAGAGACUGCAGUCCAUGUGGAGGGAGAUUUUGGGUCAGCCGGAAGAUGCAGCCAUCCAGGAAGACUCAAACUUCCUGUUCAGUGGAGGGGACUCACUACAGGCCCUGCGUUACUGUGAUGAAAUCACCACUGCCUUAGGAGUGAGCUCAUCAGGACUUCUGGAGGUUAUCCUGGACAGACCCUUCGCAGAUGUCUUGCACCAUGUUGCCACAGUAAUGCGGACACUCCCAUCUGAACACAGCAGGAUGGCCCCUCCUGUUCCCAAGAAACGUCCAGCAGACCCUCUUUGCUCAUCACAGCUCAAAAGACAGCUUACAGGCACCUUCUCUACAGCAGCCGCACAAAGGCCUCAGGGACUUGUAGUUUGUUCCGUGAAGAACGCUAUAAGAUUUACUGUAGUCAGGAGAGCAGGGGACGUUUUAGAGAUGGGUCAGACAGACUCUUUGAGGACGAAGGAAAACUCUGACUCAAAGGGGCCAAUCAUAAGAAUAGGAAAUACUCUCAGAUCAAAAAAAUUUGCCAGUGAGAGAAUUGAGUCCAGUCAUACCCAGACACUUGGAUCCAAUAAGAGGACAGAACACAACCUGUCCCAGACAGUGGAAAUCAAUGAACUCAGUGCUAAAACUGUUCCCGCUCACCUCAGAGAGGCUGGUGGUCUGCGGCUGAAGGUGAAGUGGGAGUCAGACACGGGCAGGUGUGUGGACGCCUCUCCGGUCCUGCUUGUCCAAAAAGGAGCGGACGGGCCCUCGGGAAGCCCCAGGGCCACAGUGUUCAUCGGCUCACACUCCAACAGGAUGCAGGCCCUGGACCUGACUACUGGGCGACUGCUGUGGGAGAGGGUCUUGGGGGACAGGAUCGAGUCCUCCUCGGCUAUCACCCGAUGUGGGAGACUGGUCGUGGUCGGGUGCUAUGAUGGCAUGGUGUAUUUCCUGUGCGUGGAUUCUGGGGAGACACAGUGGGUGUUUGAGACGGGAGACACAGUGAAGAGCUGUCCCUCGGUGGACCUCCUCACAGGUCUGGUGAUGGUAGGGUCACAUGACGGACACAUCUACGCCCUUGACCCACAGGCACGGCAGUGUGUGUGGAAGCACAGCUGUGGGAGUGGAGCAUUGUUCUCCUCACCCUGCCUCCACACCCUCCGCAGGCAUCUGUAUGUGGCCACGCUGGGAGGGAACAUCCUCUGUCUCAAUCCUGACACUGGUACAGUCCUGUGGACAUAUUCGAGAAAGACUCCGUUCUUCUCCUCCCCAAGCUGCUCCUCGGGUCACAUUGUCAUCGGCUCUGUGGACGGGAACAUCUGCUGCCUCAGCCACACGGGAGAAAUGCGGUGGCAGUAUGAGACCAAAGGGCCGGUCUUCUCGUCGCCCUGCACCACACCGGACCGGCGCAGGGUGGUGUGUGGGUCACAUGACGGGUGCGUGUACUGUCUAGACUGCUCUGAUGGGUCCCUGGCCUGGAGCUACCAGAGCCCCAGCAGGGUAUACUCCAGCCCCUGUGUGUUUGAGGGGUCGUCCUGGGGCAUGGAGGGAACAUUGGUGGCCCUGGCCUCCACAGACGGGACCCUGUGUGUUUUGGAUGGACAGGAUGGGACCUUGAGGGCCUCUCUCUCUCUGCCCGGGGAGCUGUUCUCUUCUCCUGUGGCGUGGGAGCGCUCACUGGUGGUGGGAUGUCGCAAUGACUUUGUGUAUUGUGUGGAGCCAACAGAAGAGCGGGAACAACUAAUUCCUCAAAUGACAUGUGUAUGAUAUGAUAUAUUUCUGUACAGUGUUCUAUAAUUAAAGAUAACAGAGGUGCCAAAUCCAAGUACUGACA